AUGUCGAACAAUGCCCCGGCAUCCCUGCGGGGAGGCCUGUCGCUCUAUGCGAACCUCCUCGACCCGAACAAUGCUGGUCCUGGCACCAUCUCCAGUGCGCCCGUCUCCUACAAAUCCGUCGAAAGCUCUCCUGAACAGGAUGAGGCUGUCAAGAGACAGCAAGCACUCGCUGCCUCCCUAAGAUUCCAACCUACCAAGAGACCUCAGAUUGCGGCUCAGAAGGCAAAAGCAAAAGCCAUCGCCAGCAAAUUCGCUAUCCCACCUCCUUCCAGUGUCACAGUCCCCGCAGUUGAAGGCGCGGGUACCUCUGCCACAGAACCACCGGCGCCUCAACCAUCUGCGCCUAAGACUACCAUCGCGGACUGGACAGCCACUGCGUCAGAUGAUGAUGACGUGAAUAAUUUCUACACCGAGAAGCGCCAACGAGGAGGUCGGAAGAAACGCAAAAAGAACAAGGCGGCGGCGGUAGAAGCGACGCAGAACUGGGAUGACAUCUACGAUCCGAGCAGACCGAACAACUAUGAGGAAUACAAACAUAGCGAGGAAAAAAUCAGGGAAGUCAGAGAGUGGAAGGACCUGCUCUACAGACACCGCAUGAGGCAGAAGAGCUACAGUGAAUCUGAAGACGAUGACUACCGUCGCCCCAUGAACAAACAAUUCGCACCGCCUGCCAUGUCCUUUGCCCCCCCGCCCAAUCUCAAUGAUGAAAGCCCUCCUCCCCCACCGCCACCUGCUGAGAUUCCGGAUGAUGCAACUGGCGAGGAUGCAUACUUGCGACGAUUGCGCAUGAGCCAAGGCCAGCAAAGUCAUCCAGGUCUUCCAUCGCCUCCAGCAGAUAUCCCACCGUCAGCCCAGAUCAGCAGGGCACCAGUACGGUACAAUCUACCCGCUGCACCAGAAGAAAUACCAGUGUCUGAAGCGGAUCUGGAAGAAAAUCUUGCAGAAUCCCAGCGCGCUGACAAUGAUAAUGGCGAGAGCGAUGAUACACGAUCUAAACGUCCUGGUCAGGUGGGAUUCGCCGAACGUUUGAUGGCGAAAUAUGGUUGGAGCAAGGGUCAAGGUCUGGGAGCUCACGGCACUGGGAUCAUCAACCCGUUGUAUGCCAAGGCCGACAAGCGUAAGAAGAAAUCCGAUGCAGAAGGUGGUGGCUUUGCCGCACCAGCUGGCACCGGCAAGAUCCUUGGUGGCAACAGAUCGAAGACUGCCCAAGCGGAGGAAGAAGGCAAAUUCGGAGCAAUGUCGGAGGUGAUCCGACUUGAGGGCAUGUUGAAUGGCUUGGACCUGGACGACGAGCUCACGCAGGGAGAGGGUGGGCUUAUGCAAGAGAUUGGAGAGGAAUGUGGAGACAAGUACGGCAGCGUCGAGAGAGUCUACAUCCACCGGCCAGAAAGCGACGAGGACGAAGCAUUGGUGUUUGUGCAGUUCGUGAGCCAGCUCAGUGCCUUGCGGGCAGUCAAUGCUUUGGAAGGGAGAAUUUUCAACGGCAAUCCGAUCAAGGCGAGAUUCUGGCCCAAGGAGAAGUUUGAUAGAGCUGAAUACGCCUGA